UUCUCUUGCGGUUUGAGGUCAAUCACCAAGAGAUAUGUCUAAAGUUGAAAACCAGUAUAUUUGAUCACCUGCAAAAAAUGUAAAUAAAAAACCUUCCGCUAAAUGAAUAUCUCUUGAAGUCUUGUCAGAUGACCAGUUCUGGUCUAGAUGGAUUUGCCUUAUGAAGGUCUUGAUUCUUUCAUCGUYGAGAGCUGAGACAGGCAACAGUUCUACUGCUAAGAGAAUAAGACAAGAAGUUCUUGAAUCAGACAUAGAAUGUGAGCUUGCUGAUGUCAACCAGUUUGCAAAUCCUGCAUUAUUAGAUGAAUAUWUAAAGCAGUUGGGUAUCCAGUGCGCUAUUGGUAUACAUGCAUGGAGGUCUGGUUGUCUGCUUUGGGAUUGUUGUGUGCCAUACUGCAUAGUGUUUGGUGGAACAGAUAUAAAUGUACAUUAUCGUGAUGAAUGUCAUAUGAAAGCCAUGACAAAAGCACUUGCAAAUGCAAGGUAUCUCAUAGCAUUUAGCAGAGCAAUGAUGGAGCAGGCAAUCAAGUUAUGGCCAAGUUACAAGGACAAGAUCAGAAUACAAUCCCAAGCUGUGCUUGUAAGUUCUUCAAACACAUGUCCACAAGUGCUAAUGCACAGACAAAUCUUUACAGAUUUAGAGGAGGAAAACAAUGGCAGUCCUCAGGAGAGAUUAAUAUUUCUACUGGUUGCUGGUUUAAGAAGAGUCAAGGAUCCUUUAUACCUAGUGGAAGCUGUUUCAGAGUGGCAUAGUCAAGACAAGAGAAUAUUCCUUGUUAUUAUUGGACCAGAGCUAGAUAAAGAAUUUGCAUCAGAAGUGAAGAUGAAAGUCAAGACUUUACCAGGAGUAGUAUUGAUGCCAUCUCUUCCAAGCAGUGAUCUUCAUGCCCUGAUUCAAAACUCAUUUGCAGUUGUGAACUCUUCCAAGAGUGAAGGAAUGGCUACAACACUAAUCGAGGCCAUGGCCCUYGACACUCCAGUUUUAGCAAGGAAUAUACCAGCCAAUGCAGCUAUCAUCCAUCAUGGCAAAACUGGCUUUCUCUUCCAAAGGCCCCAGGAAUUUGUUUCUUUGGCUAAGGAACUUAUAGAAUCAAAAUCCUUAUUAAAGAAGAUCACUACAAAUGCAAAAGAAUAUGUGAAGACUAACCAUUCAUAUGAGACUGAGAAGGAAACGUAUGUGACCCUCAUAAGACAGAUGAAUGAAAUUGAAAAUAUAUAAACGGUAUGAAUUGUACAUUCCACUUARUAUAUCUACCACUGUUACCAGAAUCCUCCUCAAAUUUUGUUCCUUUUUCCGUUUGCUGUUAUCACUUCUACUUGUUGACCGAGAAAAYAGUUCAUUAGACAAUCAAAAGGAUCCGCAAAAAGGAUUGAGGUAGUUGUGGUAUCAUGACACUAAGUCAAAUUGUUUUUAAGAAAGUCAAAAACUUUGCCACUUAGCAGAUUUAUCCAGACUGAUGGACAAAACAAAGUAUAUAACUAACUAAAGGGUGAAAGUUAUUGGAAAAGAGAUUGUUAAUUUGGAAGAUUUCUAAGCUUUGAUGGAAGUGGGGUUUUCAUGUAUUAUACUGUAUAUUACAUAUUGUCUUGAACUUAAGCCRGAAAUUUUGCAGGACAAAUAUUUCUUAUGCAAAACUGAGUAAUUUUAUGAAUGUAGGCAUUUUCAAAAGGCAGGGAACAUAGAGGUUUUUUUAGUGUGCACGUUUGGCUCAACAUCCAGCAGACGUUGCUGUUGUAUUAUAUAUCAUUAUGCAAAUGAAUGUAAUUUUAUAUGCUGCUGAUCCAUAUAUUUCUUUUUAUUUCAUAUCUCAGGCAAAAUCUGAUAACAAUCUGAUAUAUUAAUAUAUCAAUUACUAUUAGUUGUAAAUUUAUGUCCACAUGGAAUACAAUACAUGUAGUGUUCUAUAUUGURUGUAUAUAUAUUGUUUUGUCUUCUAUUGUUGUUCAAAAGUUACUUGGACGUAAAUUUACUACACUUUAAUAUUUUAAGUGCGCCAAGAAUAUGGGGCUGGGCUCUAUGAAAUUUGAUAUUAUUUAUAUUAUAAUAUUGAUGUAAUAAUAUUUCAAGCUCCUUAAUUUUAGGACACAGGUUUCUUGACUGAAAUAAAGCCUUUCUCAAGCACAAA